CAUCAAAUCCUCUUCCUCGCAAGCAGACUGGAACAUCAAUGCGAACAUACCCACUUGGGCUUAUUUAGCUUUCAAGUAUUAGACUGCCUCCCACAGACCUCGGGUUGCAAACACAGCAGCCCAGGUUCUUGCAAAAUGGGCUUCUUCUGUCAUCCUCUAUGGGCCUAUUGUCCUCCUAUGUCCUAUGUUUCUUUUAGCUCUUUUUUGUUUUCUGUUUUACUGUGAAACGGUGCGCUUCUUAGUUCCUUUUUAAAGUAUUCCUCUUUCUUGAAAGGUCAGUGCAGAGUUCAGACUUCCGAGGCUCCCCUGAGAAGACACGUGUAAGUGACAAAUCCCCCACAGACACAGAGUGACAAUGGCAUUUCCUCUGUCCCUCUCUCUCUCUGUUUACUCCGUCACUUUCACAAUCAGUCACUCUCAGCAAUGGAGGGCUUUGGUCCAAAGGAUUCUCUCUCUGAAUUCACUCUAGCUGAGAUUAAAGACAUGGAGAAGAUAUUUAAGGAGAUAGGGGAACAAUCACUUGGUCAGGCGUUUUUCCAGGAUAUUGCAACCAGCUUUAGUUGCUCAGCUAGUUGUGCUGGAAAAUCUGCCAUAACAUGGGAGCAGGUGCAAAGUUGGUUCCAAAAUAGACAUGAACAGUUGCAAGAUAAAGUUACUCCCUCAUCUGGUGCCCUGAAAUUAUUUGAUGAUCUUUCAGAUGUACCUAUUUCAAGCAAAGCCCCUGAAAGCUUUUUAAAUCCUAAAGGUAAAAAGAUUUCAGAUCUUUCAGGGUUGACAUAUGAAGCUAAAUCAAAGAAAGAUAAUGCAUGGUAUGAUGUUGCUUCGUUCCUCAAUUACAAGUUUCUUAGUACCGGCGAACUUGCAGUUCGUGUACGAUUUGCUGGCUUUGGUAAUGAGGAGGAUGAAUGGGUGAAUGUAAAAAGGGGAGUGCGUGAGCAGUCUAUUCCUUUAGAACACUCUGAGUGUCAUAAGGUGAUGGUUGGAGAUCUUGUGCUGUGCUUCCAGGAAAGGGAAGAUCAUGCAGUUUACCAUGAUGCCUAUGUUGUGGGAAUCCAAAAGAGGCAACAUGACAUCAGGGGCUGCAGGUGCAUCUUCACUGUCCGCUAUGAUCAUGAUAAUACUGAGGAAAAAGUUGAUCUUGGGAGGAUAUGUUGCAGGCCAAAACAUUAUUCACAGUCUGCUCUGGAUAUUGAAGUAGGGCCUACACAACAUUAUUCACAGCCCACUUUUGACAUCCAAGAAGGAGUCAGAUUUCCUUUUUAGCUUACAUUCACCCUCAGAAGUGAUCUUUCUUUUCUUUUCUUUUUUGUGGCUAAAUGGAAGUAAUCUUUUUCACUUCUUGCGAAGUGUGACUUUGGGAUAUGUUUGUACAUAAGGUAAAACUUGGGAUAUGUUUGUAUUUAAGGUAAAACUUGUGGUACUCUGAAAA